AUGCUGGCAUGGCCCCUAAAGAUAACAGAGUUAAACAUGGGAAUCAUAAAAAAAAGAGAUCCAGAACUUGUACAAUCUGUUAAAGACCAUAUUAAUUCAGUGCCACGGAUUGAAUCGCAUUAUUUAAGAGCUAACACGUCUAGAGAAUUUAUAGAUGGUGGUCCAAUUGCUGAAUUACAUCAUCAGUGCGAUCUGUGUGAAUCUUACAAAAAUGCCGUAGGUGAAGGCAAAGACAACUUGCUCCUAGAAUAUGAGUUACAUCAAAGAGAAAAACAAUUAAGUCGUAAUGAAAAAUCCAAAGAUAUAGAGACCUGUAACGAAGCCAACAGUAAUACCCUAGUCUUUAUUUAUGAUUUGCAGGCAGUAAUGCCAAAACCAAUAGGUGAAUCGUCUGCUUUCUACUACAAGUCAAAACUCAACUGCUUAAAUUUUACUAUAUCUGAU